CAUGCGGCAUAUGCUUGAGCCCGAGCUAUGGAUCUAUUCAAAUAACUGAGCAUAGCUUUAGUUAUGGAUGCCUUUUCCCGGGAUGUGGUCGACUUGAGUUCUGGCUUAGAAAAUGUCCCCAUUUUAAUAGAAAAGAAUGUGGUCUCAUCUACGAUUCCCCAGUUUCAAUAUUCCCCAGAGAAUGUCCAGGGCCCCGGCUGGGCUGUUGACCCAAGUGAAGUCACUCUUCCUGGAUGCUCUUGUGUUUCCCACUCCUGUGUUCUGGAAAGCUGCUCGUGUCUGCAGACUCAUGGACAGGCGUACCAUCAGGGCAGACUGCUGGUCCAACACACGGACCUAUAUGUUACCCCUGUUUUUGAAUGCAACGCCCUUUGUCUCUGCGGUGACUCCUGCUAUAAUCGUGUGGUGCAGGUGGGAGUGAGACAUAAAGUGGAAAUAUUUUGGACCACAAACAGGGGCUGGGGUGUGCGGACUCUAGAGCCGAUCCACUGUGGAGCGUUUGUGUGUGAAUAUGCUGGAGAAGUGAUCGGAUUUGAAGAAGCCAGGCGAAGACAGCUUGCACAAGGACCAAAAGACAGUAAUUACAUCAUCGCUGUGAGGGAGCAUGCAGGAACAGAAAAUGUCACAGAAACGUUUAUUGACCCGGCUGAGAUUGGAAAUGUAGGGCGCUUCCUCAACCACUCUUGUUUACCCAACCUGUUCAUGGUACCAGUGAGGGUGCACUCUGUGGUACCCAAGCUGGCCCUGUUUGCCGGACGGGACAUCAAGGCAAAAGAGGAACUAACAUUUGACUACUCAGGAGAAUACAGAGGUUUUUGUAAUCCACAAGGGCCAUGUUCCAAUCUAACAGAUCCCAUUGAGGCCAGUGGAACAGAUGGACUCCAAAAGAAAAUUUGCUAUUGUGGCAUGAAAAACUGUACAGGGUUUCUUCCUUUAGAUAUAUCAAUUCUCAGAUAGUGUUGUUUGUACUAGUAUGCAUUAUCUUAAGCAAACAAAUUAUUUCUUGCAAAUCUGGGAGAUUUGAGGCCUAUAAGAUCUUUGGUGCAAUCUGGCACGAGCACAGGUGAGACCUAUAUGACUACAUUACAUCUGCUCUGAAUUCAUUAAACCAAUUUCUGGGCAUUUAUCGUAAACAGAAAAAUAAAACAUCACUUUAAGGGCCCAUAUUAUGUAAAAUAGAGUUUUUAACCAUUUUAUAACAAUCUUCAUGUGCCGUUAGCUUACUCAGAGUUGAAUUGGAAUAAUUCAUGUAUUUUUGAGUAAUCCUUUAUUUCCUCAGGUUGAGGUGCCAAAAAAUUCACCUACCUCCUAUCUCCACCCACUGCUCUGUACUUACUUGCACUUAGUAAAAAGUAGGAAUGUGUGUUAAUCUUAUAUUUCUUUGUCAUCUUCAUGCAGAGUUUUCCCUCUAACUAUCUUUUCAGUUUCUCAUAGCAAUAAAACCACAGGAGAGGUGAGACCAAUUAAAUAGGGCCAAGGGCUGUUUUUAUAUAGAAAUGUCUUCAAACGAGGGACUGUGAUGUCCUACUUUAGUGUGACCAUUCUGAAAUCUGCCCUGCUUCUAGUCUAGACCUGCUUUCUGAUUAUUUAUAUCCACAUCUGGGUUAAUUAGAAUGGAGACCAAUGCUGUCCCAGCCAUGAGAGACCGAAGAGGGAUAGGACACAUGGAAGCAGCCACUGAACAGAGACAGCUAUCAAAAUGACUGAUUUGUGUCAGACAAAACAAAACCCAUUUUAUUUCAGUUCUGUCCUGAGUUAACAACAAUGUCCUUACUAAGCUGUCUUAGAACUGCAGGAGAAAACUUAAAUUGAUUUUUUUUUAUGUUUACAUGUUCUGCAAUGCCCUGUCCAUGUCUCAGUGACUGAAAAACAGAAUCAGUGGUAUGAUAAUGUGAAUGAAACUGAUGGUCGUACUUUGACCUUGGGAAAACAUAAUGUGAAAGCAGAGAAACAUAACCAGAUUACAAAUGACAAAAUCAAUAGUGGAAUUAUUUCUUUUUGUUUUCAAAACGUCAUCUCUUUCAUAUAAUAGUAUAAUGAGGAACUACACAAUAAUUGUUACACAAAAGUCAUAUGGCCAGUGUGGGCCAAUAGCUUUUGCCUCUCUGAAUUCCACAUUUUUCUGUGUGUCAGAUGUCCCUGAGAUCUCCAUGGUGAUCGGGUGUGUGUACAGGAGGCGACUGUGCUGCAUGACAGUGAUUGGUUCAGAGGUACAGAGAGUGGAUGAAUGGUGCCUUUCCAUAAUGGUCACCUAGCAACCAGCAGUUAAUCACAUGAGGUGAACUUCUAUUUCAAAGCCCCUCCCCUUCACACACAACAACACAAGUGAACAUGAUCCUCUCAACAUAAUGCCUCCAAUUAGUCUGAAGAGUGGCUUAUGACCAACUUGUAAUCAGGAAUAUUUCUACCAUUUGCUCAACUACUGUUCACUCUAAUUUGAGUGUGCCCAAACGCCCUGCCAAGAGUAGAGUCCAUGUAAUUUGAAGAAAGUCGCCUUGUCCAUCAGACUUAUAAAGAAGCCAAGAACUAUGGAGGAUGCAGUGGUCUGACCAAUGCAAAUGUAUUGCUACUAAAUUAGAGCAGCUCCUUGAUGAGGAAGUAGAUGUCCUUGACUUGGCUUUCCAUAUUAUUCUAUGCUGUAAUAGAAUUUCUUAAACAGGCUUGAAUACAUUCCACUACUAAAAUGUGUAGGCUAUAGCUUAAGGAAGUAAGAGUCAUUCAGGUCAUUAGAGAUUUUAGUCUUACAUACCUGACCUUUCCCCUAUGGAAUGUACUCAGGUUUCUGCUUGCUUCGAAUUUUGAAGAUUGUAGCGAACAAGUCAGUGGACCAAAAUGGUAUGUAGCUUGUUACUCACAUUUUCAGAGGUCACCAGAAAUAGGGGUUCAUGUACCUAUUAUCUAAAUAAGGUAAGGCUAGUAAAAUUUUGUUGUAAACUACAAUGCACAAGACAGAAAAUACACACACAGUCCCGCGAAGCACUUACAUAAUAAAAAAAAAUAAAAAAAACUAACUAGAUGAAAGUAGAGAUCCACUGUACUCCGAUAUGCUUCGUUUUUGUUUUUAUUAUUAUUUCUUAUUUCAACAUUUUUUGAUUUGCGUCUUUAUCAUUGCAUGUGAAAUUCACAGGUGGAAGGUGUACAAGUCACAUGACAGUCACAAAUUCAGUUUCAGUUUGCCAUUUGCAGUAGAAAAGUAUUUAGCACAACACUCAAUGUCUAAAGAUGACAAUGGUAAAUUAAAUGGAUUUAAGAUGAAAGAGCUGUAUAUCAACACUUUAACAUUCAUCAGAUAGUGUGAAAGAUACUUGGUUUAUUUUAGAAUUAAACAUAAUAUAGGCAUAGGAAAACAAACCACAAAAUCUUAUUGACUCAAAAAUACAUAAAAUAAAAACAAUGUUUAUAUUGUGGAAAAGGUAGCAUAAAAUGUUUUGUUAGCCUCAGUUUUUUAUUGGAACAAAUUAGUGUUUAUUUUAAAUGUGUAUGUUUAUAUAUUUCUUCCUUAAACAAUACACAUUUCACCCAAAAUUUUGUAUGACACCGCUGCAUCUGUAUGUCAACAAGUGUAACAUCUCAGGAAUGGUAGAUGUUUAGGUAAUGAAGUGGGUGAAAGUGAAUCCUUGAGUUCCCCCAUGCAACUGAGCCUAUUAGAUUAGAGGUAGUUAAAGAAGCUUAUACAACAUGUUCUGGGUGUUCAGACCAUCGCAUCCUCGGAUAUGUUUCUUUCUAUUGGAUUAACUCAUACGUGUAGGUGCGAGUAACUGUGCAUCUGUUCUCACAGGGCAAACAUCUGGCACAUCGUUUUUCCUGGCACUUGUGUACACUGUGUCAUAUUGAUUAUUCUGUAACCAUGGUGAUGAUCCUUCACUGUCUGAUCAGCUCUGUGCAGGUGUCCAUUAAAUCAAUUCCAUUUCCUCUGAUCACGAAUGAUGCACAACGGAAAAUAAAAAUAGUGCAAUGAUCAAGACUGCAAAACUUUUUUUCUCCAACCCGCUUUAUGGUUAUACCACAAAAUGACAGGCCUAAUUAAAAUAUAUGCAGGUCUAAUCAGCUGUCCCCUACUGGGAAUAUGCAGGCCAUUAAAGUGGAAUAAUUGUUCUUAUUUUUAGUGAAGAUGAAAACUACCUUAAAUCAAAGUGUUACAUAAAGUUGCCAAGUCAAGCAGCACAUUUAGUUCUCAUGCUGGUUAGCAGUGUGUAAUUAAAGCUAAUGAUCUUUGCCUGUGAUGGUAUAGGGACAUUAUGUGCAUCGCUGACUGGGAUAGAGGAAGCAUACAGUAUCAUUCUCUGGUUUUAGUGUUACCAAUGUUUACUCAGUGAUACGGACAGUGAAUUUGCCUUUGGUCACUGUGGCAGUCCUUAGAGUGUAUUCUGCCAUAUAAAGACUAUAUCAUUGUCACCUCUUGCCUGGUGGUAUCUCAUUACCGGUGUUAAUAAUUGGUUGAGCAGGGGUAUUGAUCUGCAGGUGAAUAUUAUUUUUGUUGCUUCCUUGCUGUGUUUAUAAUGAUUUAAAGCCAUGCUCAGUGGGCAUGUUGUGGCGGCCAUACCAUUUACUCUUCAUACAUUUGUCACACUGGGGCUACAUUGGGGAUGCUAAACCUAAGCAUCAAAAUAACAUGCAAAAUCAAAUGAGCUAUAGUCGACAGUGGAGGCUGUGCUCAGAGUUGCCAAAGAGUUAUUAAAGAUAGCUAGGUUCCCUUUCUAUUCUAUGGUACAAUAGUUGUGUUUGUGCAUUACUAUAUUCAAACUGAUGAAGCUGUCUGUAUUGACUUCAGAUCAACUUUAUCACACAACAGCAUUUUUGUCCACUUUUACUUUAGUACAGUGAUAAAGCCAUCUUUUGCUUGUGCUCGUGUAUCCAUGACAACUGAUGGUCUCUGAAUUCACUUUAAUUACUGUCAAAAAAUGUAUUGUAAUAUUUUUUUUAAUAAAGGUUUUUCUCUAAGGGUCUAAGUUGAUGAAAUCAGAACAUACAGAAUGGGUACUUUGGAGACAGACAUUCAAUGGUCUUGUGAUUGAAGAUUUGGAUUUACAGUUGUGGCUUUAUAUUCUUGAGAAAUGCCUACAUUUGCCACACUAAGUAGAAAUUACUCCCGGUAAGUGGAUCCAUCUGCAAUUAGCAAAUGUUUUGUUGUUAGACAGUUUCCAAUGACAAACUUUGGUUUUAUGGAUAGGAAAUGGAACAUGCUUCACUGGAAAACACAUUUACAAACUACAGUCUAAUUGCUAUCAUUAUGUCUCUGGAAAGCAGAAGUGGGAGGUAACAAAAAGAACAAGCUCAUAUCUGGUAAUGGAUACUUCUGA